GGAUGGGAAAGUGGGGAGUUGGGUCUUCUUUUCAUUCAAACUUUUUUUCUUUCUUGGAUAGAUGAGACGGUGGGGUACCGUAGUCUAAUGAUAUUUUUUUGAUAAUAUAUAAUAUGGUAUUGGUGGUAUGAUACCAUAUGGUGGCGAGCAUCAUAGAGUCCUGCGCGCGCGGGGGGGGAUGUUUGUACCCGCAUACCUAUAUAAGUUUGGUGGCUCGCUUUACGGGAGUGAUCAGGAUUUCUAUAUCAAUCUUACGGUGCUUGGAUGAGUGCUCUUGUGUGUUUGACGAGGGCUUUUUGGGGGGGGAAAUGAGGAUUGCUUCGAGGUGGGAUGCGCUUCGUUUGAUAAUGCUUUUGCUUCUGGGAUGAUCUUGGGUGUUUCUAGUGUAUGAUAUGAUAUUCUUUUGAUUGUUGGCUCCUGGGAUUUUGGGGGGGUUCACACCGCCGUGGCACACCACAGCGGCAAAGUCUCCACACAUCCCACCAACCAAUCUAGUUCCCGAAUGACGCCCCAUGCUCCCGCCACCGACGCCACGUGUCGAUGCUUAUUUCAACAACACCUCACACAAGAAGAGUACGACUAUCAACCACCAGCGCUACCACCACCAUUUCCACUACACAAUGUGCAAACACAUCCUAAACGCACAAGUCUCCCUCCGCUCGCCCUGUUGCAAGAAAUGGUACGACUGCAUAACCUGCCACGCGGAGUCGGAAACGCACCCCCUACUGCAGCGCUUCGAGGUGGUGUUCGCGUGCAAGAAGUGCAAGAAGUGCUUCCGCAAGGACACGCAGGAAUGGGACGAGAGCGACGAGUACUGCCCGCACUGCGAUAACCAUUUCGUCAUCGAGGCGAAGGUACCGAGGGCACUUGUAGAGUUUGAGGGUGAGGAUGUUCGGAGGGAUGCCCGGAUGGUCAAGGACGAGAGGGUUGGGAAGAAGGCGGGGGGCACGGAAGGAUGGGACGUGGCGGAGGGGGCGGAUCGGUUGGGGUAAUUGUGGGAUUUGGUUAUAGAGGUUGUGUGGUAUGGUGCUGUGGGAAUGGUAUGAUAGAGAGAUUGUGUCGAGCUGUGUAGGGGGUUUGUGGCGGAUGGUAACUUAUGGAACUAACAAACUGAUAAUACCAUA